ACCAAAUGUGGGACCUGUAUGCUUCACUGUAAUACUCAAGGCUACAUCUGUCACCGCUGUUUGAUGUGACGUUUCCAGUGAAACCUGUCCGCCGCCGGUUUCGACGUCUGCGUCUUUAUCCAUUUUACGCACGGCGAUCUGUUCCUUUGGCCGAAAUUGGCAAUGUCUUGGUGAUAUCGUCUUACGUAGAGUUCACUCCCGUUCCUCAGAGGGGUGUAGGUUGAACUUGAGCCAGGCGCUUCAAAUAACUGCUCCUCACUGAACGCUCGGAACUUCGCGCAAAGUUGUGUUUCUCUCCCCUUUUAACCACAUUCUAAUGGACUUCUCGGAGCGCUGUGAUUCUUUUCUGAGGGGCAGCUGUUGCGGAUUGUUUUUUUUCCUCUCAGACGAGAGGUGUUCAGGAGUUUCUCACUCUGUACUUUUCCACUAGCAGCGGCUUUUCUUGGCAUCUGGCCUCCCCUCCGCUCAGCCUCUCUCUCCCCUCCUAACCUUCUUUUGUUGCCCCUACGGCACAGAGGAGAGCCAGGCCAGCAAAACCGAUCAAAUUGUUUCUUUUUUGUCUUACAAUUAAAAGUGUGUGUCCGUAUUUUUGUCGCCUUAGUAUGGUGGACUUUAAAAAGAAAAAAGAAAAAAAAACACAGUAUUCAAAACUGAUGCAAACCCAAAUAUUUAUAUUCUAGUUUGUAUUUUAAAACUGAAAUGUCAGCGGGAGAUUUUAUUUUGCAUCUGCCGGCUUGUGCGCACUUAUAACGUUGCAUAACCAGAGAGGUCAUGGAAUUGCACAAAUCUAUGCGCAAUCAGAAAUGUCCCAGUUGGCUGUGUUUAGUAAGUUGUUUUUUUUUUUUUUUUCCCUAAACGCCAAUGACGCAAGCGCACUAGAAGGUGCGGCACUGACGCGUCAGCGCGCAGAUGCCCCCUAUUGGUCUAAAAGGAAUCGAUCACCUCAGACUGUUCUUACCAAAGCUGAGCGUUUCCACGCCUCCCAGCAGGCGUGGCCAGCUCCUCCCUGUUUAGGCCUCCAUAUAAAACCGGGAGGCGGCGUACAGUUACAAUUUGUAUUUUGGAUUUUGAUGAGUGCGGUGCGGAUCUCAACACUCAUCAUGACGAUCAAAACAGAAACAGAGAAGCCUGCCUUGACUUACUCAAAGACGAGAGGACUUGUGGAAUUAGUCACUGCUUUUAUGAAACAAAGGAGGAUGGGUCUGAACGACUUCAUUCAGAAGCUCUCCACCAACUCCUACGCCUGCAAGCAUCCUGAAGUGCAGUCGAUCCUGAACUUGACUCCUCCACAGGACCCUGAGCUCAUGAACUCAAACCCCUCUCCUCCUCCCAGUCCAUCUCAGCAGAUCAACCUCGGCCCGUCAUCCAAUCCUUCAGCCAAGCCCAGCGACUUUCACUUCCUCAAAGUGAUCGGCAAGGGCAGCUUCGGCAAGGUGCUGCUUGCUCGUCACCGCACAGAUGACCAGUUUUAUGCAGUCAAAGUUUUACAGAAGAAGGCCAUUCUCAAGAAAAAAGAGGAGAAGCACAUCAUGUCAGAGAGGAAUGUAUUGCUGAAGAAUGUCAAGCAUCCAUUCUUAGUGGGCCUGCAUUAUUCUUUCCAAACAGCAGACAAACUUUACUUCAUCUUGGACUACAUCAACGGAGGAGAGCUGUUCUACCACCUUCAGAGAGAGCGAUUCUUCCUGGAGCCUAGAGCCAGGUUUUAUGCGGCAGAGAUCGCGAGCGCACUGGGAUACCUGCACUCCCUCAAUAUCGUCUACAGAGACCUGAAGCCAGAGAACAUCCUGCUGGAUUCACAGGGCCACAUUAUCCUCACAGAUUUUGGCCUGUGCAAGGAGAAUAUCGAACCCAACGGGACCACGUCGACAUUCUGCGGUACGCCAGAGUAUUUGGCUCCAGAGGUGCUACACAAGCAGCCAUAUGACAGGACAGUAGACUGGUGGUGCUUAGGAGCUGUUCUUUAUGAGAUGCUGUAUGGCCUGCCGCCGUUCUACAGCCGAAACACAGCAGAAAUGUACGACAACAUCCUGAACAAGCCCCUGCAGCUGAAACCCAACAUCUCCAAUGCAGCCAGACACUUGUUGGAGGGUCUGCUACAAAAAGACCGCACCAAGAGGCUGGGCUGCACAGAGGACUUUAUCGAAAUCAAGAACCACAUAUUCUUUUCUCCUAUCAACUGGGAUGAGCUUAAUGCCAAGAAGAUGACACCUCCCUUCAACCCUAAUGUGACGGGUCCUAACGACUUGCGGCACUUUGAUCCGGAGUUCACGGAUGAACCGGUUCCAAACUCCAUCGGCUGCUCCCCAGACUGCGUCCUCGCCACUGCCAGCAUCAAAGAGGCAGCCGAGGCCUUCGAGGGCUUUUCUUAUGCCCCGUCCAUGGACUCCUACCUAUAGGAUUCAAACACAGGCACUCAGUGCGGACACUGGUUUUCACUCACUGGACAGAUUCACUGUGCCAUGUCGGUGGACUUGCGUCUUGAUCCCUGCCCGUUGUUUCCCAUCAGAUUGAUGGUUUACUCCCAAACCAGGCCCUGUGAGAGCCCAUCUACAGCAAGUGUACCUGUCAUCUUCUCUCCAACACUUGAGUGCAUUUCAGACACUUGCAAAGAGGGAAUGUCUGCUGUAAUUAAUAGGUUGGGAUUGUUUUCAUCCAUUCCUGAGUUCCCUUUGAGUCUUAUAUUCCCACACUUUACCUGCUAAUGGAGUAUUUUUGCACAGAGUUCAGGCAGCUGACUGGCUUCCUUUAUGUUCCAACUGACAAGCACACAACAAAACUUCCACCUUUUGUCAUAAGAUGAAGCCUGGACAGUAAAACAGUAAAAAAGCAAAACAAAACCUGGAAUAAAUGUCCAUUCCAUGUAGUGAAAACAUCUUCCCUCCACUGCCCUCGAGGGAACUACAUGCUUAGCUUGACCAGAGAUGUCAUACAUUUUUGGUGCUUUUGUUUCUUCUCUUGUUUUUUUUUUUUUUGAAAAAGGGAGUCAGAAGAAGCUAAAUGUUACAGAGGGGGGCGUUUCAUUUCUUUUAGAGGUGCCUGUGUUUUCUCUCUCUCCAUCAGAAGUCAUUUGGGUUUUUUUCUGUGUGGGCGCUGGAGUUUCAUCUACCUAAGGCAGGUGAACUGAGAUGAUUUAUCCCGCUUUACUGUAUGUGUGUAUAUAUAUACAUAUAUAUCUAUAUAUAUAUUUUGUAAGCAUCUGAGGAUGUAGCACUAAGUUUGAACUUGUUUGACGUAGGGACUCAAAUGAUGUUUCAUACCUUCAUUUGCACAUUACUGAUGGAGAGGUGAAAAGAGAGCACUGCUGCUGGGCUGAGAAUGAGCAGCAUGUGUCGAGGAGUAUUCCUCCCGUACUUUUAGCUUGCCAGCCACGUCCCCCCUCAUUUAGUCUUCCAAAUUGCCUCACACUGAAGUAACAACGGCCUGCAGACAGGCUCAUAAACAUUCAAACUGAACAUUCCACUUUAAUAUUGCUGUAAUGCAUUUUUGAUGGUAUUUAAGUUUCUUGUAUAUUUGGAGUCAUGUGUACUAGUUUUAAUGUAUAUUGAACAAGAAAUUGACCCAAGGUAUGCUUUAAUAUGUAUAUGUAACUAUUCAUGUUUAAUGUACUGUAAAUUGUAAAAUUGUUUAUGUGACCAUGUUUGGUUUGCAAUAAAAGUUUAACUUUA